AUGCACAAUGCAAGCGGGGCCCUGCCCGCCGCUGUGGCGAAGACGCACCGCAACCUCUUGCCGCUCUUUGUUUUGCUGGUGUGCUUCACGUACAUUGACAGGACCUCCCUGAGCUUUGCGGCGCUGCAGCUCUGCCAUCUUGACUGGUUCAACGCCCGGGUGUUUGGCCUGGGAUCCGCGGCCUUCACCUUGAGCUACGUUCUGCUGCAGGUCCCCAGCAACCUGGCCCUGCAGCGGCUGGGCCCAAAGACCUGGCUGCCCCUCAUUACUGCCGCCUGGGGCGUCGUGUCAAUGUGCUGCGCCGCCAUCAGCGGCCCUGCAACGUUCUACCUGCUGCGCGUGAUGCUGGGGGCAGCAGAGGCAGGGUGCUUUCCCGGGAUGUGGUGGACCUGCGAACAGUUCUACCCGCCGCAGCACAUCACCUUUGCGUACAGCGCCAUUGAGGCUGCCAUUGCGCUGGCCCAGAUCCUCGCCGCCCCCCUAGCGGCCGCCCUUCUUGCCACCGACGGCCGCCUGGGCCUCGCUGGCUGGCAGACGCUCUUCAUGGUACAGGGGGCAGCAACCGUCGCUUUUGCAGGCGUGCUGCGGCUGCUGCUGCCGGCCAGCGUAGAGGAGGCGCGGUUCCUGGACGAUGCGGACCGGCGGUGGCUCAAGGAGCAGCUGCAGCCAGGGGUUGGCGUGGCCAGGGCCGGUGAGAUCAACGGCACAGGGAACGGUCAGCCUGCUGAGCUGGAGCUGGGGCGUCGCGAAGGCAAGGGCACCCCAGAUGACCUGACAGCUGAUGACGACGACAGGCUGCUGCUGGACAGGCAGGAGCGUGAUGACAAUUGCAGCGCGGCAGUCGGCAUUCUUGACGGACACGGGCUGCCAUCGCGGCCAUUGUCGGCACUGCAACAGAUAGUUGAGACAGCCCGCAACCGACGAAUAUGGUGGCUGGUCGCCAUCAAGAUCCUGAAGGUGGGCGCAUGUCUGUAA